AUGAAUUUUGAGAAGAAAAGAGAAGGAGAAGAAGAGUGUUGUUUGAUUGGUUUGGCUUUAAUUUUCCUUAGGAGACCUGUUUCAUGGCUCUCUCUUCUCGCUCCAGCGCUUCUUCACAUCCUUGGCCUUCGUUUCUUACAUCUCCUCCUCACUUCUGGUGCUUUGUUCUUUUCCUAUUUCUUCUUUCCACUCUCACUUCCUCCUCAUAUAGUUCAAUCAUCAAAGCAAGAUCAAGAACAAGAACAAGACCUAGACUAUCUUGCCACAAAAGAUAUCAAUGGAAAGUCGGAGGAUAACCUCGCAAAAUCGGACGGCAACCUGGAAACGACUAAAGAAGAGGAUGUAAACGGCGCAAUCCCUGAUGAUGAGAGCCUUAUUGAACUCUCUUUACCGAGUGGUCAGUAUUUAGGUCAUCACUAUACUAGUAACAAGAACAAUCUCUAUGUCAACAGCAAAGUCCAAGAUUUCAGGCUCUUUGAUCUAUUUACAGAGUUCAACGAUUUCACUGAAGAAGAUAAUCUUAUCGAAAUCGAUAUCACUAUUGGAUCCAUCAAGUAUUCAAGGUUUGAGAUCAAAGCUUAA